GUUUCUCUAGAAGAGCGAACACGUUCUCACGUUAUUUCUAACCCCGUUUUUUUAUUUCUCUUUCUUUCUCUGUCUCUCUCUCCCUCUCUCUCUCUCUUUAUUUCUCUCUCUCUUUCUCUCUCUCUCUUUCUCUCUCUACGUAUCUUCAAGAAAUUGUAAUCGAAAAUAGAAGACAUUUAACCGAUCGUGAUUUUUAUAAUUAAUUGAUCGUCGAUUGUCACAGUUCAUCGAUAAAUCAUUUCAUGAAUUUUGAUUAUUCGAAUUGUGAUUUCUUAUGGAAAAUAAAAAAUGAAGCGCCUCGAACUUCUACGCCCGAACGAUAUUACGUUUGCCGAUUUGGAAAAACAUUAGGUGAAUCAAUUUUUCGUAAUACGUUCGUUCUACACGCUGAAGAAUUGUACGUGCGUUUCUGAUCGAUAAGAUGACGAUCAAGCUGGAUGACUUAUCGAACGACGAUAACGCUCUUAUAUAGGAGGAAAAGAGCGAGGAGAAGAAGAGAAAAAUACAAAAAGAGAUAGAGAGAGAGAGACAGAGAGAAAGAAAGAGAGAGAGAGAGUGUGAGAGAGAGAGAGAGAGAAGAGAAAAAGAAAGAGAGGAGAGAGAAAGAGAGAAACGAACGUAGAAACGGUUCGGCCAAACGAUACGCGGAUUAUCCGGACGUGCGUUUGAUUCCGCCUCGCAGAAGAUACUGCCAGUUCCAAUUUCGUGAUCUGCAGUGGAAGAAGCGGAGAUCGUGCGAUUUAGUUUUAUCGAAUAUCGACGAAAAAUCGAGGACGAGAGUCGGUAACCGGCUUUAUCGUGUGCAGAGUCGAGAAAUUAUCUUUCUUUUUUAAAGUUGACAAAAUAAAAAGAAAAAGAAAAAAGAAAAGAAAAAACAGAACAAUACAUAAAAAUGUUGCUUCCUAACAAAGAGAUCGUUCGCGAUCGAGUAUCGUCUAGUGCAGUGUUUUUUUGAGUGCAUUUAAAAAAAAAAAAGGAAGGGGAAAAGAUAAAAAAUAAAAAAGAAAGAAAAAAAAAUGUAAAAAUGCAAUAAAAGGAUUUGGUGCGAUGUGAUACGAGAGUUCAUGAGAUUUCGAUUUUCGUGAUCGACCUCUCUUUUUCUCUCUCUCUCUCUCUCUUUCUCUCUCUCUCUCUCUCUCUCUCUCUCUCUCUCUUUCUAUCUCUCUCUUUCUCUUUCCUUUUCUCUCAUUUUUAUCAUGAGCAUUCUCUUGUGGCGACUGAGGAGGGCAAGCCAACUGCGAAUGGAGAGUUCCUUUCCCAUUUCUAGGGAGGAUGAGGAUUGGAGCGACUCCGAAAAGACCCCAUCGGUGAGCAGCGGCGUCGAGGGUGGUGGAUCGGCCGUGUCUAGUCCAGUUGGAGCUACAAACGUUGAGGAGGACUCUAGUUUACCACCACCGCCGAGACUGAACGCCUCCUCUUCUUCCUCGAAUAGUAUAAUCUUUAAUUCAGCUGCCGAUGACAUCAAGCAACGAUUUAAUGUGCUUACAGAGAACGCUCGAAAGCGACUCACUAGUCUCACCGAAGAAAUCACGAGAGAAACGCAGAGAGAUCGGCACGGAUUGUCGAGGGUCGUUCGAGAAUCCAGUCCGAAGGAAAUAGACGAAGAAUCGUUGAGCGUAGUGUUAGUCAAAGAUGAAGAAUGUCAACAGAGGCCACCGUCUUCAUCGUCAACUUCAUUAGUAAGAAGAAGAGAAUCAAGCUCCAGGAGAGAUUCCGAAGAUUCCACGAGACGCACGAGUACCACAUCCAGCAUCGUGGACGAAACACCUCCAGAUCCGAAAAAGAUGAAACUCGAAGAAGACGUUGCACCAAGACUGAGACUCAAUGCUAGUCUAGCGACGGAUCCGGCUCUUCGGCCUGCCGCCGUCGCGGCGCUUACCGUCAAGCCUGAAAACGCAUCGCCGCCUAAUCCCGGUCCACCUUUACCUGCUGGCCUGCAGAAUGCGAUUGCAUCGGGUCGUUUGUUCGUCCUGCCAACUGACGGAAAAGAAACGAUCACCGUUGAACCUGCUAGACCAGCUCCCCUGAUCUGUCCACCCUGUGGUAUUCGUUUUAGUUCAGCCAGCACUUUGGAGGCUCAUCGUACCUUCUAUUGCGCCCAUCGACCGCGUCUCGAAGAGGACGCGACCAACGAUGAGGAUGAGGAGAAAUCGAGUAAGUUCGAAGUACGGAAGGCCUACGCUUGUCCGCAUUGUUCGUACAGUGCCGACAAGAAGGUCUCAUUGAAUCGGCACAUGCGAAUGCAUGCGGCAUCUCCGGCACCACCGACGAUCCCAACGGUAACGGCUACGACAGGAACGACGCCAGGAAAUAAUUCGACGACGGCCUCGAAUGGUUCUCUCAACGAGGAAGCCGAGAGAUAUUGUCGCAAUUGUGACAUCAGAUUUAACUCCCUGAAGACUUAUCGGGCUCAUAAAACGCAUUACUGUAGUACCAGGCACGUUGUCAAGGACGGUGCACCUCCGCCACCACCUCCUGCAACAACAGGAACAUCUUCCUCGGCUAAAGCUUCACCACCUACGAGUUCGAGUCCUGGUGAUUCUCCGCCACCACAGCCAUGUUUGGCAUUACCUACCAAUCCGAUUCUCAUUGUGCCGUAUUCCCUCAUACGUGGUGCCAGUGUGCUAGCUGCGCCAGCUCUUCCUGCUCCCGAUACGGCCUGCUUUCUACUGCCAAAUGGAUCCUUGCAACCAAUGAUGAGAGGCUUAGCCAGCACGAAUACCGUCACCGAACCACCAGCCGUCCUUAGAGCAGCCAACAAACCUACCACGCCAGCAUCGCUCGUUAGUUCCUCCACCUCGCCGUCCGUUUCGACACCUCUUGAUCUCAGCGUUAGAAGAUCACCGACAGCACAUCAGGACGAGAAAGAAAAUAGAGUAUCGCCGGCUCCAACUUCACUUCCUCCACCACCAGGUAGCCCGAGAUCGUCUAGAGGUAGUGCCAGUCCACGAGCAAGGUCGAUCGGUACAAAUCAAAGUAGCAGCACCGGAUCUGCACCUCCACCACCUCAAACCGAGCUAGCUCUUAGACUGGCUGAGUUACCACCUCCUCCUGUUCCCGUGCCCGUACCUGGUGUUCUCGUGAAACAUGGUGUCUCCAGAUGCAAAGAGUGCAACAUCGUCUUUUGUCGACACGAAAACUUCGUCGCUCACAAGAAACAUUAUUGCCAAGCAAGGGAAACGACUGUGAGUAAUAGCCCUCCACCGCCUAGCACUCCUUCACCACCACUGGUGCAGUUAAUCUGUGCAGCAUGUGGUAUUAAAUUCGCUUCCAUGGAUAAUCUCGUUGCUCAUCAAGCUUUUUACUGUCCAAAGAGGCCCGAAUCGCAAGAACACCAUUCUCGGUGCACCAAAUGUAAGGCGAUAAUCGAAGCAGGUAGUACGCACACGUGCAGUGGUGGACCGACUAGUGGUUGGCGGUGUCCCGUAUGCGGUGCUGUCAGUCCAACGGCCGGUGCAGCGCAACGUCACAUGGAUGCUCAUCAAGGUGUCAAAGCGUUUAGAUGUACGAUUUGCCGUUACAAAGGGAACACAUUACGUGGCAUGCGGACGCACAUAAGAAUGCACUUUGAGAAACGUGGUACGGAUCUUCAGGAGGAAAAUUACAUAACAUGCGUCCUCGACGAUGAAGCAGUUCUUCCUACUCCUGAACCUGCUCCUGCCACCACACCGGAAGAAAUACCAACGGAAGUACAGAUCAAUGGGAAGAGUGAAGUUCGUAAAAGUCCUCAACCACCAGUUUUGCCACCACCCGCGGCUGUGACCAGUAAAGUGAAGCAAGAACGCGAGGAGAGUCCACCGCCUGAGGAAAGUCUCGAUCCUAACAAAACUGGACCGCGUUAUUGUCGGUCAUGCGACAUAAGUUUCAAUUACUUGAGCACAUUCAUAGCGCACAAAAAGUUCUAUUGUUCGAGUCACGCCGGUGAGGCGAGUAAUAAUAAUAACAACAAUAACAAUUCGAGUAGCCACGCCACGACUCCGCCCAGCGGUAGAACCGAGGCAUCCGUACUUUAGAUUAUUAUAACAUACGACGUGUUGGAUAACAAUGUCCAUCCUCAAAAGACAUUUCAUCUUCGCGUUGUUUUCUCUCGGAUUAAUGAAAAACAUGGAUGCGAACGUGUACGACGAUGGGUCUGUUAAUUGUUGCCAGUUAAUAUAUACAUAUAAUAUGAUAGCGAUUACAGAUUAACCGACUUAGUUGACUACCAUCAUGUGAUUUUUGUCGAUCCAGGGAAUUGUUCGUACUUAUUAUAAGCUGACGAAUCGCAUCAAUAAUGUGUACAUAAGCACUCUCGUAUAUAGAAUUCAAGGAAAAUUACGCGAACGAUAAUAAAGCAGCAAAAGUGUCGCGGGCCGAUCGAUCCUUCUGUCAAAUCGUUUACCGUUGGAUCGAUCAAAUUAUAAGAUAUAAAUCAUAUCGAUCUUAUGGUGACGCUUAACGUAUCAUUCUUCUUGUAUAUAAAAGAAUAAUUGCGGUUAGAUGAGAUGAUCGGUACGCUUAUCUCCUUAACCACGAUCGACGAUCCGAUUAAAGUUGUGCAAUCUCAUGACUAUUCAAUAAUCUCGUAGUAUAUAGUAAUUAUCGACAUACCUAAGGUUAAAUAAAGAUGAUUAAGUGAGUGUAAAAUGUUGUACAGUAGAUACUUAGAGUAUUAUGGAAAGGUAGAAACGAUCUUAAAUAAUGAUACCAAUCUCAAUUUUUGAAUCUAUUAAGUUACGUCGGCGAUAUAGAGUUACAUACAUGUAUAUACAGGAUGGUUAUGAAUAACUGAUGAUUUCAUGUAUCGUUGUUUAUAUGUAUUUCCCUCCUUUUUCUUGGGAGCGUAAAAGUUUAGCAAAAAAAAGUUUGUCUAUCUUCAACGUAAGGAAGAAAAGAAAAAAAAUAAGAAAAACACAUUUACGCGAGUCACAUUCAGUUAUCCUUUGAAAAUUUCCUGUAUAAAUAUGUAGGUAACUAAAAGGGCGCACUCACACUUGUUGGGGUAACUAGUGCAUCGAUGACCGUUCCACGAACGUAAGUGAGUUUGCCAAAAAACAUUAUUAUUUAGGCAAAUAUUUUCUACCGAAUUUUCGUUCUGUCUCAGCACACGAAUUACAUUGCAUUACAUUAUGUUACAUUUUGUUAAUUUAUAAAUUUAUAGUCAAAUUACCAUAGUUUAAAUUCCGAUAAAAAUCGGCGAACUUUUAAUGACACAGUUACAUAAAUACAUACA